AUGGAUCAGGAGAAGAUUUCGCGGCGAAUGGAAAGACGCAUUCGCAGAGCUGCUGCAGCCUGCUACCGCUGUCACUAUCGCAAGGUUCGCUGUGAUGCCGCGAUUCUAGGUCACCCCUGCACCAACUGUGCUCUGGACGGAAGAUCAGAUUGCACUUUGCGUCCCAACGCAACAUCACGUUACAAAAAUCUUCAUCCGGAAACUCGAGAUUUCUCACAAAAGUCACCAGCUAUGGAGGGCUGCAAGAGCCAAGCCCAAGGACCUAUAAACAACGAAAACGAACGUACAUCUAGAUCCGUUGCACCUACAUCGCAACCUCCUAUCGUUUUUGCAUCAGCAGCGAACAACGAUCUUAUACCUACAUCUCAUUUCAAAAUCAUUCAGUCAGAAAAUCAUACCGCCACACAAAGUCCAAUUGUCGCUGUUGAUAGCUAUGAGCACCAAACCCAAGAUUCGAUAAGUAGCGAACACGAUCAUACUUCUGAAUCAAUCACACACACAUCACAAAACUUUACCCAUUUCGAAUCAGUAGUUUCUAACGACCAUAUAACAAGCGUCUUUCCGCUUGACCUUGAAAUUGCAUGCCCAGAACUUCCUAUAUCCGAUAUCGAUUUUGUGGAUUUGAUACCCGAGGAUCAUGACUCCAUUUUCUCUGGCCAGCACUUCUUGGACUUCGACCGUCUAUCUUCUCUUCCAAUGGAAAAUGUACACAGCCUUGCGAUAAAUGGUUGCUUGGAGAUUAUACCAAAAGCUGCUAUCGACAUAUUUGCCAAAAAGUACUUUUUACUAAUCCAUCCACUUGUACCCGUCUUGGAUGAGGCACAUUUCUGGAAUAUUUAUCUGAAGUCUCAUAAGAACUUGGUGCACUCGCAGAAAAUGUCUUUAUUUGUUUUUCAGGCAAUGCUUGUAGCAAGUUGUCCAUAUGUACCUCUUGGCAUCAUACACCAGUGCGGUUUUCGCGGGAUUCAUGACGCACGAAGAGCGCUUUACAGUCGUGCUAAGCAUCUCUAUGACACAAAUUUCGAGAGUGACCCUCUAGCUAGAGCGCAAGGAGCGCUGCUGCUCACAUUUCAUACCACUGCCGAGGACCCGCAAGCUACGAUGACUUGGAACCUAUGUGCACUCCAAAAUGCUUUGUCUACCGGAAAUUAUCCAAACACAUCCAUUCAUUAUCCCAUGAAGCCAAUGAUCAAACGGUUAUGGUGGUCUAUAUUCGUACGGGAUCGGAUUCUCUGGCUGGGGCGACAUCACUGUCCACGAUUUAUUUCCGCAAACUUCAAGUUGAAAAUUGGAUACCCAGAAGAAGAUGAUUUCAGAGACGAAAUAACGACUUCUCAAGUUUAUGAUCCAGGUGAUAAGUGUCUUCUUGUGAAGAUUUUCCAAGCACAAUGUCGCCUGGCAGUUAUCUUGUCGGAUAUCAUUUCUAUUGCUUUCCCUGCCUCUGAUGGUUUUGUUCCUUCUUUUUCUGGGGAGGACCUCCGUAGGGAGUUGACAAAAACCAAAAAGUUAAAAACAAAACUUUUACAGAAUGAACAGGAUUCCUUUCCUGCGCAAUACCAGACCAACCUGCCCGAACAUGAAAGCAUCACAAUCCUUGUUCGUCUAACUUUAAUGCAUUAUCAAACAGCACGCAUUACAUUGGCACACUACGAAACUCUCCUCGUAGAAAAUCACCUUAGCUUACUAAAAGACGAGUCGGCCACAAUGUUAAUGACAAUCGCAGCAGACUUGAGUAGCGCAAAUCAUCAAAUCGUUCAAACUAUGGAAUAUUUUGCCUCUGAAAAUCUCCUUGAAAGCAUACCCCUUAGUGUACUCGCUUACUGCGGCACACCAAUGGUUUUAGCAGCAAUUGAUGUGAAGCUUUCAGCAUCAUAUUCAGAAAUGGCUGACCGGAAGCGCUCCCUAGAUAACUUUUCUGAAAUAAUCCGCCGAUCUCGAAAAAUUUACGAUGUCACUGAUUUCUUUUCCGAAGGCACCAACAAUAUUCUGCAGCUAGCAUACGCAAUCACAAAGGAACUCUUCAUUCAAACAGAACCACACAAAACAUCAUCAAUAACAACAUCAACCGAAUAUUCUGAUCGCUUGGCUACUUACCUCAAGCCACAUGACCAAUUCAGAACCUCUUCUCAAAGCCCUCGUGUCAGCAACUGGACCGAAGCCUUUCUACGAUACCCUCGCGCCUAUCUGCGUAUAUCCACGUGCAUUGAUUAUAGCCUUGCGACUGGUCGUCUUCCACGAGAUGAAUGUCUCCCCCCGCUGGUCCGUCAUACAACCUCCAUGAUACUAGGGAUUCCUAAGCUUCCAUGGACCCUGACAUUGAACGAUGAAAUGAAUGAUGAUCAGACUAUUUCACCCACCCGAAAACCCAGUGGCGGCUCGUCCAUGAAUGACCCGUGGUACCUGACAAUGCUACACAAAUUGAACACCGAAACUAUAGAUGAUAAGAUUGAUUCUCCUACCAAGCAAUUUAAUGGUAGCUAUUCCAAUGAUGACGACUGGUGUCAAGUAUUUUUACGAAACGGAAUUGGCAGUUCUGUUGGGCUACAAGGUGGUAAUAUUGUGGAAGAAAUUCCUUAUAAUAGUUCCGGUGGUAUCAUUGAACAAUCUAUUGAUGAGAGCGACCAUGACGAAAAUGAACCAACCAAUACAUAUUUGGACUAUUUUGACUUCAACACUGCUAGAAAAAAGCUGCAAAAAUAG